ACGUGGACUGCUACGAAGGCACUUCCGGCUCCGCGGCGGAAGCGGAAGUGCGGCCCCUCAGGAAAGUGGAGGAUCUGCCCAGACCGGUUCCACCAUGUCCAAGGUUUCCUUUAAGAUCACGCUGACGUCCGACCCGCGGCUGCCAUACAAAGUACUUAGUGUUCCUGAAAGUACACCUUUCACAGCCGUCUUGAAGUUUGCAGCAGAAGAAUUUAAAGUCCCUGCAGCCACAAGUGCAAUUAUUACAAACGAUGGGAUCGGAAUCAACCCCGCGCAGACCGCCGGCAACGUUUUUCUAAAGCACGGUUCAGAGCUGCGAAUUAUUCCUAGAGAUCGCGUCGGAAGCUGUUAACUCCCUCCACUCCGAAGAUAGGAUCGCCUUUCAAAGCGGAGACUGGUAUUGUUGCAGAACUGAAAUGAGCAUUUAAACACUGUGAAAACAGUGACAGUUGAUGGCACAAUGACAGGUGGCUCUCUGCCCCUCCCGUCACUGCCACUCCUCACGGGGGGAGCGGGGAGCGUGUGCCUGGAGGGCCCGCACCCAAGGUCUUGUCUCUCUCAGGGUCUCGUUCCUUUGGGGCGAAAGGAUUUCCCGCCGUUUUUAUUUUAUUGGAGGAUUCUUCCUGUGAUUCUCUCUGAGGACACUGGGAAGGUUAAAUUUAUUGAAUCUUUUUAUUUGUCUCUAAGUUAAAGUUUUAAAAAGAUCAUGGAUCAUACGUGGCAGGUUGCUGGGCAGGAUCUGACUUGCAGACUCGGAAAUAUGUAGUUGAAUUCUUAAGUAUAUACCAUGUAUGAUAAAGGAUGUAAACAUCAGUGAGUACUUAACUGCCUUCACCGUUUAUUAUUUAGGUGUUUUUUAAGUUUCAAGCUCCGUGUGUUUGUAUAAAUGUUAAUAGCAGAGCCCACAAUUAAUCGCGUCCGAUCAGCCCCGUGUGUGAACCGAUGCCCCACACCAGAGUUUUAGGUCUGAUCUUGGAGAGCCCAGUGCUUGUAACGGUCAGAACCGAAAUAAAGCGGAAGCGCCCCUCGCUGAGCCGUGCGCUCCGGUGCCAGUGUCUUCCGGGGUCAGCGUCCAGAGCAGGAGUUCUCGGGGGGCGCAGUCUGAGUUGCCUUUGCGAAAGGACCGCGAAGAAAAAGAAGAUCCGGCGCUCCCAGCAAAGCUCCCGAAAAGGCCCCUGGGAAAGGCGGAUUCACUGGACUCGCGAAGGCCCGAGUUCAGGGAGAAGGGUCACGUGGGGGAGGGGCCGGGGCGGGAGCUGGGGAGCCGCCGAGGGGAGCAGAGCACGGCACGGAGGCCGAGUGCAGGCCUGGGCAUCCCGGGGUUUCGAAAUUCCCUGAGAACCUCCGGAGGGGUGGGCACGGCGCCCCAGGGUCUGUUCAAACCUCCAGCCGGAAAGGGACGGCCUGCGGUGACCCGGGCCUGGUACUCCGCCCGCUGUGUGGCGGGUGACGAGCCCCCUGGGAAGUGUGUCCUGCUAGCUCCGGACCGGGACGUGCAGCUUUUGGUGAGUCCUUGCUAGUCGCUCGGGGGUAAACCGUCCCUGAGACCAGCGUCACAUGGGCAGGUCUCUACCGCCCCGUCGUCCGUCCUCAGUUCGCUGGGGCGAAGGGUUGGGAGACGUGACGCAGUCCGUGGGCGACGUUGGUGUGUGAGCUAAGUGGGAGCAGUUAACCAGGUGCUGUUUGUGUUUGGUAAAGGAGCGCCGGGAUCCUGAAUCGUAGAGGGAAACAGUCUUUGCCGGGGUAAAAAAAUACUUAUGACGAGUUUUUAUUUUUAUAAACAAAAUUUGAUGCUCAAAUCCCCCAUGGUCCUUCACAAUAGUAACCUCAGUGAGCCAGCAGUGUGUGAGCACCCGUGCCCUGAAUAUUUGUGUUUAAUUUACAUGCCCCCCCCCCCCCCCCCCCCCCCAGCACGGAAUCCGCCUGCUACGUGAGUAAGUUUAUGCUGUCCUGCGCCUUCAAGUAAUUUAAUAUUCUUCUUCUCUGGUUUUGAAAAUUUACUGUAGUAAGUUCUUUAAAGCUUUUCCUUAAAGAAUUAUACGUUCUAUUGUCAAAUAAAUGUGACCUCUGA